AUGAGCGGUUUCACAGAAGAUCUGGAGGCUGGGGCUACGCAUACUGGUUAUGAGCUCCCAUCACUCCAACAGAAAGAUGGUUUCCAAAACGUACUUCAGACGCGCCGUCUGAUCAACGAUGAGCUGAAUUUAAUCAGCGAGACUCAACAAACCCUACUUCGACCCGCCCAGCAAGCAGUGUUAGAUGCGACGACCCCCACGGAGGAUUACCAGGCCAAUUCCCGAAUGACAACCAUCGAAGAGGAAAUCUCAGAAUCAUUCGGGCGGAUCCGUGGACUUAUUGCUGAUCUGAAAGCUACCUCUGACCGGGCCGAACCUCGCGUGGAGGAGCAGAUUAAGAUUAUCAGUAACACCAUGGAACAGCCGUUGCAAGAUUAUCGCCUGGAACAGAUGCAGUUCUCGAAAAAACUUCGAGUACAGGUGCGACGUCGAUACGAAAUUUCGCACCCCGAGGCGACAGAAACAGAAAUAUCGGAGGGUGUUGAAAAUGUCAUCCAGGGCGGGGAGCAGCUCUUUGCAGUCCAGGGUGCGCGAAUUCAACAGGCCAAUGAUGCGAGAAACGCAGUUCAACAGCGAUCAGCGACUAUUCGCAAAAUUGAGCAAGAUUUAAUGACGGUUGCGACGCUAUUCCAAGAGAUUGCUGAGCUUGUUGAUGAGCAUGAGUUUACAGUCGAAAAGAUUCAAGAUCAUACCGCAGCUGCCCAUGAUGAUCUGCGCAGUGGAAAUGAGAAGCUUUCUUUUGCCGUGAAAAGUGCACGUAAUGCCAAGAAGUACAAGUGGUAUAUCUUGCUAGUCAUUGUCUUGAUUAUUGCAAUUAUUGUUGGUGCCUCCGUGGGGUGGUGCAAGGCAACGAAUCAUUGUUAA